AUGCCACCCCUUCCGACCCAGCAGUCCGGCCCGACCAGCGUCGCCGCCGCCGCAGCAGCAGCAGCAUCAUUAUCAGCAGCAUCGUCGUCGUCCUCGACCCUGUCCUCGGCAGCCGCUGCGUCGUCCUCGUCCUCGUCCUCGUCCUCGUCCUCGUCUGUGCUCGACAACCUGCCGUUCGUCCCUCGGAUUCGCAGCCUCCUUUCCGAGCUGUACUACCGCCAUGGCUUCUUUUGCGCAUUGCAUCUUCACGGUCGUCUCAGUUCCGCUGGUCGACUUUUCGAUCUAUGGCGUCUACGAUCCGGCUCCAUCAAAGGUAAUGCGCACUUUGAGCGGCUUGGUGCGAGCGAACGAAUUGGCCCAAUCAUGGGCCCGAUUGACGCACUGCCAGCCAACCAGAGACAGGCAUUCGUGGACCAGCACGGCAGUGUGCCGCUCCUCCGCGUGCAGAACAUUCUGCUGACGUCGAGUCGGCUCGCACACAAAUCCGUCGCACUCGCAUCUGCAUUGCCGCCAGGAUUGACGGGCAUUGCAGCAUUUCAGACUGGCCAUGCAGACCCGCGAGGCGACGCCGCCCUUCCGCGGUCAUCAAAGCACGGCAUCAACAACGGCGCCGCUGCCGCUGCCGACGGAGACCGCAACACCCACAACAAUAAUAACAAUGCAGGUCUCGGUGAAGAUGGCGGCACUGAUGCUGGCAGGACCGGACGCCUGAAUGACCGGAAUGGUUUGCCCGUGUCACCACCGCUCAAUCUGCAUGUCAACGAAGCGACACACGCAGCGCUCGUCCAGCAGAUGGUCCGGCGAGGCAUGCUGCACAAGUCGAUAUUGCUCGGUGUCAUGGACAUUGUCACCUUCCUCCACCAGUUCCAGCUCGAGCGCGGAGGUCGAACCUACCGAUUACAGGAUUUCUGCCAGCGAAAAGCGGAUGGUUCGUGCUUGGUGCUGUCGCCCGCAGAUUUCUGGCACAACAACCGCACCGUGCUCGAGGAAGACUCUGAUAUUCUGAGCACCAUCUCGCGGGAGCUCUUCCCAUCGUUUUCAGACGAAAUGGUGUCCGCAAAAGACGCGCUCCUUCUUGCUCGGAUUCGGAAACGGUCAAUGCUGCAAAUUGAUGGAGCCGGCGCGCUGUUUAUCGUGCUUGUGCUGCGAAGCGACAGCUGCAAUCCUUCGCCGGAAGAGACCGUCUUUUUGCAGGCCAUGUGGCGCCAGCUGUCCACGGCCUGGCUGCCUGCGCAAUGGGAUUUGCGCUUCCAAGAAUACGAUUCGGCCGACACUGCCGACAUUGAGCACAUCUUUUACGAAUUUCGGGACGAGGAGCGCACCUCUGCUGACGUGGGCUUUUUGAUUCUCAGCUAUUUGAUUGUGUUCUUGUACAUUUCUUUUUCCAUCGGCAAGUUCCACAUGGUCAAGAGCAAGUACGGUCUUGGAUUCACGGCCGUCGUGACGGUGUUUUGCUCCAUGAUUAUGGCCGUGAGCAUCUGCGUGGCCCUCGGUGUCAAGCCAACAUUGGUGGCAGUUGAAAUCAUCCCAUUCUUGGUGAUUAUCGUUGGCGUGGAAAACAUUUUCGUGCUGACAAGUGCGGUAGUCGCCACAAGCAUUGAUUUGCCGGUCAAAGUGCGCAUUGCGCAAGGGUUGAGUCAAGCCGGUCCUUCCAUCACAUUCUCGUUGCUGACCGAGCUGACCAUCAUGGUCAUUGGCAUUUUUACAAGCAUUCCCGCCCUUCAACUUUCCGACUUGCAUCAUGCUGGCAGCUCGCGGAAGUUUUCAGAGGCCGGCUUGGAUACCAGCUCCCUGGAGUCCAAACUGCUCAGCGAUUUGAAAGGCGGCGCUGGGUUGUCAUCCAGCGAUGACGCCAUGCAGGGUCAAGCCGAGGGCAGCGGCUCGGAGCGAUUUUCAGUGCUCGCGCUCAUGUUUGAUCCGCUCAUCAUCAAGACGGUCAUUGUCAUCCUGUUCAUGUCCAUUCUCGCAUUUGGGCUGUACAAUGGCGAUGCCAUCACACGCUCCGAUGCGCUGUUGAUUGACGAGUCAAACGCGCUGUCGAUCGAAGCUACCUUCUCCUAUUGGCGAUUGCUGCACCCGCACUUGCAAAACUCGUCGCUGCAUCACCGGCACUUUGAUAUUUUACCUUCCGUCACCAUUGACGCGUGGCUUCCGCUGGAAAACCCAGUGUCCUUCCUCCUUGCCGAAGCUGCGCCCGAAGCGCUCAAAGCCAUCUCGAGUGCCACUCCGUCCUCGCAGUCCGCCUUCCAGCAGUUAAUCGACCGCGCCCUGGCGCCUUCCUCGCUGUCGCGGAUGCGCCGCAUGGGCGACAAUGCAACUAUUGCCGAGGCAGAGCAACAGCACGGGCAGAACAUUAUCGCUCGAGCGCUGACUGCGCUGCUCUCUUCGCCGUGGAUCCCCAUGUUUGGCAGCGACGAAUCUGGCUAUCGUACGCGCUUGGUUGAGCGCAUUUUCAAUCUCAGCGAGGUGGUUCAGCAAAGUCCUGGCGCCCAGGUGCUGGUGGUGCUGAUUUUCGUCGCUGGCCUCGCCUGCACCUGCUACUAUUACUACUUUUUCGUUGUCGUUAUCAGUCGUCGCUUCUCCACGCGACCCAAGCGGUCGUCACGCCGAAAAUCCGACAGCAAUACGGCGGCGGACAAGAGCAGCAGCAGCAACAGCAGCAGCGCAAGUGCCAGUUUGAGCGCCAGCCGCCGGCACAGUCGCAGCAAUAGCACAGUCACGUCACACUCGAGCGCCGAUCAUGCCACCAACGGCAGUGACACCCCAAGCGAGUUUGGCGCGUCGAGCAGCUCGGCCGCAGCACUGCGCUCUCGCGCUGCCUCGAAACUCUCCGCCGACGAUCUGAGCGAUCUAUUCCAGUUAGAAGGGCUCGGCCAAAGCGCGAGCUCGGCGAGUGCGUCCGCGAGCGCAUCCACCAAUGGCCAAAGCUCUCUCGGCCCUCUGGAUCUGCAGGGCAAUUGGUUGGACAAUCGUCAACUUCGCCUCGAUUAUUUGACGCUCCGUGGUCACGCGCAAAGCGUAGAAUGCUUGGAGGUGAAUGACGCUCUCGUCUUUUCAGCUGGCCUUGACCAGUCCGUCCGCGUCUGGGACUUGGCCAGCGGCGAGAAUGUGGCGUCCAUCGACGUCGGCGAUGACUCGGCCGCUGCUGUUUGGUGCAUGACACCCGUUCGAUUUGCGCUGCCCAAAAGCUCUGCAGGCCAAACAGCUCUGCACGAUUCGAGAGGGCGAGGCGUGAUUGUCGGUUGUGCGGAUGGCUCUGUCAAGUUUUGGACGGUUUUGUCAGCAGAGCAAAGCCAAGCUCUUCUUGCUUCACCUGUCGGUCCUUCUAAAGUGUCACCGCCGCCGUCAUCGCCUCAACGGCAACGCUUUACCGUCGCUCAGCCGUCACAAGUACAUGGUCUCAAGCACUCGGCCGCCGUUUCGUGCUUGUGCUCGCUUCCUUUCGGUGUUGUGGCUACUGCCUCGCUGGACGGCACUGUCCGUAUGUGGGUGGUCACCACGGGACGUCGCGCCGGCGCUCGCCAGACACCUGCUCGUCAACAGCAGCAACAACCUCUGCAAGCUCAGCAGCAACUCGAUGCAGCAGCAGCAACGCCACCGCCAAUGCACUCCAGAACAAAGUCCUUUUCCUAUGGGACUUCGCAACCAGCAACUCCUUCGGGCGGCUUUUCUUCGCGUUCGAGCUCGUUUACAGCACUCUCCCCUCAGCAUUUGAUUGUACAACAACAACCUCAGGCACAGCAGCAGCCCACAUGGUCGACUGCCAGCAACUACUUGUCACCUGGCAACCCACAUAGUUCCGAUUCGACAUCCGCGCCCUCGACACCGACGUUCACCAGUUCCAUGCCGAAUUUGUCCCUCACUCAAUUAGACAGCAGCACUUUGGAGUCGAGUCCGAACCGAUCUCCUCCCGCCACGCCGCAAUCACAACAGCAGCAGCAGCAGCAGCAGCAGCCGCAGCAACAACAACCGCAGCAACAACAACCGCAGCAGCAGCGUGAGCCGUCCCUCUUGUGCGUUCGCACCAUUCAAGGCAUUCACAAGCAUGGCAUUUCCGCGAUCUGCUCAUUUGCCGAUCCGCUUCGGCUCGCAACUGGCGAAAUGGACGGCACUGUGCGCGUGUUUGAUGCUGGCACUGGCGAGCCCGUUCAUGCCCUGUUUGGACAUUCUGGCAAGAUCACCUGGAUGCAUGCCGACGGUGUGCAGUUGGUCACGGGCGACGCGAACGGUCGCGUGCGUGUGUGGCACAUUGUGAAUGGCACCUGCCUCCUCACGCUGAAGGGCCAUACCGAUGGUAUCCUGUGCGUCCGUUCGGAACUCUCCAUUCCACGCACUGCUGCAGCCGCUGCCGUGGCGAGCAUGCUUGGCGCGAUGGGAUCGAGCUCGAGUCUUGUCAACUCUCCAGCAGGCCCGCCGCCAAUGACACCUCCGAUUCAUGUGAGCUCUGCCAACGACCACACGGCACCUUCAACUCCUGCCGCCACACCCUCAGGAUCACGCUCGGGCGCACUCACCUCGCCGCCGUCGUCAACCGCCUCCGCUCGCCUCCACCACCGCGCCGCUGUGCAGUUUGUCCCUGGGCUGACGUCAACCCCGUCUCCCUCGCAAAACACUGCAUGGACUGCGUUCCCGUAUCUCGUCACAAGCUCGUUGGACGGCACGGUGAGAGUGUGGGAUCGCCGUGGCAACUGCGUGCGUGUCAUUCAGCAUUUCGCCCCAGACCUCGUGCUGCUGCCGCGCCAACGCCGUGUGCUCUGCGCGGGCGAAGGCGAGCUGGUCAUGUUUGAUCUGCCUUCCGGAAAAACGGCACGGCGGUUGGCGCUGUCCUACACGGCCAUGUUUUCCGCAGCCGUGUCCAUCAACCACGUCCGCUUGGUGGGCGGUCGGCUCGUGUGUGACUUUGGCGACCGGAUAAAAAUCCUCGCCUGUCCCGCGGCGCUCGCCGGGCACGCAUCUUCUAGUAGUAGUGGUAGCAGUAGCGGCACGGGUGCCGACACCAGCAAACUGGAUUGA